AUGUUCUUGUUCACAGAUCACACCAUCCAAUCUGUUUUCUGCUGCUGCUGCUGCUGCACAGUGCAAAAAAGAGCAAUGAGAACAAAAAUGAACCUGGACCCUGAUACUGGCCUGGUGACCCAGUACUCAGCCUCACAACCAGACGUUUCCUAUGCAUCUACUUGGAAGUGCAGGCGUAAGAGGCAAUUGCAGUUAAAGAACAAGCCAUUACCUCCUCUACCUGCCGAGGCCUUGGAAGACUACACAAAAAACCCCAGAGUUAUUGCACUCUAUGACUUUUUUGCUAGAGGACCCUUGGACUUACCGCUCAAGAGGUCAGAAGAAUACAUUAUCCUCGAACAGUAUGAUCCCCACUGGUGGAAGGCAAGAGACCAACAUGGGAAUGAAGGUCUAAUUCCCAGCAACUAUGUUACUGAGAACAAGAAAAGUAAUUUAGAAACAUAUGAGUGGUACUGCAAAAGCAUAAACAGAAGCCAGGCGGAACUUCUCUUGCGCCAGAAGUCCAAAGAAGGCGCAUUUGUUGUCAGAGAUUCAAGCCAACAGGGACUUCUUACUCUGUCCAUGUAUUCGCGGGCUAAAGGAAGUCAUAGUGGAGAUAUUCGACAUUAUCAAAUUAAGAAAAACCACUUGGGACAAUAUUAUGUAGCAGAAAAAUAUCUCUUUUCAUCUGUUCCUGAACUCAUCGAGUAUCAUCAACACAAUGCUGCAGGUCUUAUCACUCGUCUCCGACAUCCAGUUGGAUCAGCUGUAUGUUCUUCACCAGCAACAGCAGGAUUCAGUUAUGAGGAAUGGGAGUUAAACCCAUCUGAACUGAUGUUCAUGAAAGAACUUGGGCGCGGGCAGUUUGGAGUCGUUCAGCUGGGUAAAUGGAAAGCCACCAUCAAGGUUGCCAUCAAAACAAUCAAUGAAGGUGCAAUGUCUGAAGACGAUUUCAUCGAGGAGGCCAAAGUGAUGAUGAAACUCUCCCACCCGAAACUGGUCCAGCUUUACGGAGUGUGCACACACCAUAAGCCUCUCUACGUUGUGACUGAAUUCAUGGAAAAUGGCUGCCUGCUCAAUUACCUUCGGCAAAGGCGAGGGAAACUCGGCAGAGACAUGCUGCUGACCAUGUGCCAGGAUGUGUGCGAAGGGAUGGAAUACCUGGAAAGAAAUAGCUUUAUUCACCGUGAUUUAGCUGCAAGAAACUGCUUAGUCAACGCUGAGCACAUCGUUAAAGUAUCCGACUUCGGCAUGGCAAGGUAUGUCAUUGACAACGAAUAUAUCAGCUCCUCAGGUGCCAAGUUUCCAGUCAAAUGGUCAUCUCCUGAAGUCUUCCAUUUCAAAAAAUAUAGCAGCAAAUCAGAUGUCUGGUCAUUUGGUGUACUGAUGUGGGAAGUUUUCACAGAAGGCAAAAUGCCUUUUGAAAACAAGUCAAAUUCUGAAGUUGUCCGUGAGAUUUCUCAGGGUAACCGACUUUAUCGACCACAUUUGGCAUCACAUACUGUGUACAAAGUCAUGUACAGCUGCUGGCAUGAGAAACCUGAAGGACGUCCUACUUUUGCAGAGCUAACAGAGACCCUCACAGAUAUAACAGAGAUGGGAUAA